AUAUUUUCGUGCUCAGAAUUUCUGCACGUCUGCAGAAGGCCGGUCUGUGAACGCCACAGAAGCAUAGUCAGGAUCAUUUUUCAGCUUCUGUCCCAUGCGCUGGGACCAUCCUACCCCCCACCUCCCGACAAGUCAGGGGACGCCACGUCCUUUUCUAGGGAAGUUUUCUCUCUUCCAGAAACCCGGCUACAUCUCUCCUCCUCCUGGCGACAGACCUGCCCACUCAUCUCAGCUGAGGCUGCUUCUGCGCGUCUUGGGCGCCCAACAAUCCACCAUGACUACUGAAUCCGGAUCAGACUCGGAAUCCAAGCCAGAGCAGGAGGCGGCGCCCCAGGAGGCGGCCGGGGCGCAGGGGCCCGCUGGGGCGCAGGGCGCGGAGCCCCCUAGUGUGGGCAGCGUGGAACUGGAGCAGUUCGAGGGCGCGGCGCACAGCACCCCAGUGCACAGGGAGGCCACCGAAAAGGAGCAAGAGUUUGCUGCCACAGCUGCCAAACAGCUCGAAUAUCCGCCGUUGGAAGACGACAAGCUCUCCCAGAAGUCCUCCAGCAGUAAACUCUCCAGGUCGCCUUUAAAGAUUGCCAAGAAGCCCAGGAGCAUGCAGUGCAAGGUGGUCCUCCUGGACGGCUCGGAGUACACCUGCGAGGUGGAGAAGCGCUCCCGAGGGCAGAUGCUGUUCGACAAAGUGUGUGAGCACCUGAACCUGCUCGAGAAGGACUACUUCGGCCUCACCUACCGCGAUGCCGAGAACCAGAAGAACUGGUUGGACCCUGCUAAGGAAAUUAAAAAACAGAUUCGAAGUGGUGCUUGGCAAUUUUCAUUUAAUGUGAAAUUUUACCCGCCAGACCCUUCCCAGCUAUCUGAAGACAUAACCAGGUACUACCUCUGCCUCCAACUGCGCGACGACAUCGUGUCCGGACGGCUGCCCUGCUCCUUCGUGACCCUCGCCCUGCUGGGCUCCUACACGGUCCAGUCAGAGCUUGGAGACUACGACCCUGACGAGUGUGGCAGCGAUUACAUCAGCGAGUUCCGCUUCGCCCCAAACCACACAAAGGAACUGGAGGACAAAGUGGUCGAGCUGCACAAGAGCCACAGAGGAAUGACGCCAGCAGAAGCAGAAAUGCAUUUCUUGGAAAAUGCCAAAAAGCUCUCCAUGUAUGGGGUGGAUCUACACCAUGCCAAGGACUCGGAAGGAGUAGAAAUCAUGUUAGGAGUCUGUGCGAGUGGUCUGUUGAUAUAUCGUGACCGACUGCGAAUAAAUAGAUUUGCCUGGCCCAAGGUUCUGAAAAUCUCAUACAAAAGGAACAACUUUUACAUUAAGAUUCGGCCAGGAGAGUUUGAACAAUUCGAAAGCACCAUUGGGUUUAAGCUGCCAAACCAUCGAGCUGCCAAGCGUUUAUGGAAAGUGUGUGUGGAACACCAUACAUUUUUCAGACUGCUGCUACCCGAAGCACCGCCAAAGAAAUUCCUCACCUUGGGUUCCAAGUUCCGGUACAGCGGCCGCACGCAGGCACAGACGAGGAGGGCCAGCGCUCUGAUCGACCGCCCCGCGCCUUACUUCGAGCGCUCGUCCAGCAAGCGCUACACCAUGUCCCGCAGCCUGGACGGAGCAUCAGUGAAUGAAAACCAUGAAAUAUACAUGAAGGAUUCUAUGUCUGCUGCAGAGGUUGGUACUGGCCAGUACACCACAACAAGGGGCAUCUCUCAGACCAACUUGAUCACCACUGUGACUCCGGAGAAAAAGGCCGAGGAGGAGCGCGAUGAGGAGGAGGAGGAAGACAGACGGAGGAAGGCCGAGGAGGCCACGCCUGUGUCUGGGAUCCGGCAGGAGGGAAAGUCACCCAGGCUUGGCCCUGACUCAUGUCCCUCGUCACCCCCUCCCGCCCCUGCCCAUCCCGCAUCCUCCCCAGAGCUCCGUAGGAGGUGUAAGGAGAAGGGACCCAAAGCACCGGGCUGCGAGGCGCCGGAAGAGCCCACAGCGGCGGAGGCCCAGGGCCAAGGGAAGGCGCGCUUGGGGGAGCAAGAUAUGGCCUUCCGCUGCCGGCCGCCGGCCGCCAGCAAGGGCGCCACCCUGUUCUCCUUCUCCUUGCAGCUCCCCGAGUGCUUCCCCUCGCUGCUCGAUGACGACGGGUACCUCUCUUUCCCCAGCCUGUCCGAGAGCGGCCUGCUGCCCCGGAGCCUGCAGCGCUACCUCCCCAUCCGCUCGCCCUCCCUCCUGCCCUGCUUCCUCUUCCUCUUCUUCUUCCUGCUCUCCGCCUCCUUCUCAGUGCCCUACGCCCUCACGCUCUCCUUCCCUCUGGCUCUGUGCCUCUGCUACCUGGAGCCCAAGGCGGCCUCCUUGAGCGCCUCCCUAGACAAUGACCCGAGUGACAGUUCAGAGGAAGAGACGGACAGCGAGCGCACGGACACCGCGGCCGAUGGGGAGACCACCGCCACAGAGUCGGACCAGGAGGAAGAUGGAGAGCUCAAGGCACAGGAGCUAGAUAAAAGUCAAGAUGAACUGAUGAAACAUCAGACCAACAUUAGUGAGCUGAAGAGAACAUUCUUAGAGACCUCCACAGAGACUGCCGUGACCAAUGAGUGGGAGAAGAGGCUUUCCACCUCCCCUGUGCGGCUCGCGGCCAGGCAGGAGGAUGCACCCAUGAUCGAGCCCCUCGUGCCUGAAGAGACUAAGCAGCCUUCUGGAGAAAAGCUCAUGGAUGGCUCUGAAAUCCUCAGUUUAUUAGAGUCGGCGCGCAAGCCCACCGAGUUCAUAGGCGGGGUGGCUUCCACUGCGCACAGCUGGGUGCAGAAGGUGGAAACCAAGACAGAGUCCAGCGAAGCAGAGACAGAGGUGAGCCCGCAGCACCAGCCGCUCGGCCCGGAGAAGGUGGUGCAGGAGGCGGUGCUGGUGGAGGAGAGCCGCGUGACGCAGAUGCACGCGAGCGGGGACGCUUCCCACACGGCGGGGACCGAGGCGGAGACUGCAGCGCAGUCCGCGAAGGAGGGCUCUGCGCUGGCCGUGGACACCAGCGCGGAGAGAGGGACAGAGGCCGCUAAGCCUGACCUAGGACAGGAAGACACAGCCACUGCCUCCCACAAACAAGAGGAGGACCGGGGAGCUGCCGUCCCCGUCUCUGAAACUCCGGAGCCAAAGGCCCAGUUCGAGUCAUCAGCCAUGCAGACGGAAACCGUCAGUUUUGGCAGUGUUUCUCCAGGAGGUGUCAGACUAGAAAUUUCUACCAAGGAAGUGCCAGUGGUUCACACAGAGACAAAAACCAUCACAUACGAAUCAUCCCAGGUCGAUCCCGGAGCCGAUCUGGAGCCAGGCGUGCUGAUGAGCGCCCAGACAAUCACCUCGGAAACCACCAGCACCACCACCACCACGCACAUCACCAAAACUGUGAAGGGAGGCAUCUCAGAGACCAGGAUUGAGAAGAGAAUAGUCAUCACUGGAGACGCCGACAUUGACCACGACCAGGCGCUGGCUCAGGCAAUUAAAGAAGCCAAAGAGCAGCACCCUGACAUGUCAGUGACCAAAGUAGUGGUCCAUAAAGAGACCGAGAUCACGCCGGAAGAUGGAGAGGACUGACCGAGGAAUAACGUAGCUUGCACAUGAAUCCAGUAUUUGCGAGCCAUUAGGAAAACCAGAGCCUCUAAGGAGUUGCCACUUCUAACCCCGCUGACUGUAUCUGUCCAUGGAGCAUCCCAAUCCAGAAGAAUUGGCCUUGACCAUCCGCAAAGACCCUGGCAGAGAGAUCUUCCCC